UAAUGUACUCUUAGCUGCUCAUCACCACCUCUUAUUUUUUUUCUAUACUUCCGCUCUCAACCUCCAUCCAUGGCUACAUCAAUUUCUACCUCCACAACGACUGAAUCAACCCCUUCACCCUUGACCGACUCAUCUGUCCCCUCGACACCAUCAUCGAAAAUUCAGUUGGCCUUCGCCAUCGACAAUGUGAAAUCUAUAAUUCUGGUAACCUUGGAUAACAAUUCAAGUCUCUACCUCUCUUGGUCAGCCCUUUUCAAAGUUCAAGCACGCAUCCAUAACGUGCAUGAUCACAUCGUUCCUCCGACCGAUGCGAAGGCUCUACAAAUCGUCGCUAAAGCCAAAACCAACGAUCUUGAUCUUUGGAAUAGGUUCAAUCCGUUCUUACUUCAAUGGAUGUAUGCCACUGUAUCACAAGACAUUCUUAACUCAAUUCUCGUAAUUGAUGACUCGGCUGAAGAAUGUUGGAAUCGAAUUGCUUCAUUGUUUCACAACAACAAACACUCGAGGGUUGUCCACCUCGAAAAUCGAUUCACCAACACCAGUUUUGAAGAUAUCACGUCCACCAAAGCCUAUUGCACUCACCUCAAACUUUUAGCUGAUUAUUUAGCAAACGUUGAUUCUCCCAUCACUAACACUCGAUUGGUCCUGAAAACUAAAGCAAAAAUGAGCGGAAACCUAAGGAAACCAAGGCCCAAACGAAAGAUUGUAUGGAUAUCCUCAGUCUUAUAGUCACCCAAGGCCCAAAGAAAAGAAAGAGAAGAAAACUAAAGCAAAUAAUGAGUGAAACCCCAAGAAAACGGUCACUUGUCAUAUAGCUCAUACAUCUCUGAAAGUUUCCUCAAGAGAAAAUUGAUAUUUUUAUAUUGGAUGUUCAGGGCACGUGACUGGUGAAAAGAGUUAUUUUAAAGAGUUGAAGCCCUAUUCUAACAAUUAUGUCAUCUUUGGUGAUAGAGCUAGAGGAAGAAUUAAGGGAACAUGCAAACUGGUUAGUCCAUGUGUUCCUUGUCUUGAAAAUGUGAUGUUAGUAUAAGGUUUAAAUGCUAACUUGUUCAGCUUAAGUCAACAGUGUGAUCAAGGUCUAUAUGUUAGCUAUAACAAGCCUUGAUGUAUUGUCUCUAGUAAAGAUCAAGAGGUGCUAAUGAAAGGUUCAAUAUCCAAAGACAAAUGUUAUAUGUGAAUGAGAUAUUGGAUGAAAGUGAUGAUUCUUCUGAAGAUCUAAGAAAUGAGAAUCCUCAAAAUGAAAAGGAUGACUUUCUAAGUAAAAAGACUGAAGAAGACAAUGAGGAUGUUGAUAUUCUCAUUGUCAACAUCAUGACAAAGAUUAUUGAAGAGAAGGUUGCUCAAAAAUCAUCUCUGACAGUUUUGAAAAGCCUUGUCAAGUCUAUGACUGAUGAAGCUAAAGGUAAACAGCAUAAAAUUGAUAUUCCAAGGUCUAAAAUGAAGUAUGUUGAGAAUGUGAAGUAGAAAUAUCCUCAAAGGACCCCUAUGAGUAAGAAAAAGAAAGGUUGAAGAGAAAACUGCUAAAAAGAAAUAAGAGAAAGCUUGUUCUACCUAGUGACUCAAAGAUAGAUGUUGAAGCAAAUGUCCUAGACAGUAUGCCCUCUACCAGAAGAAAAAUUGGAGGAAAAAGAGUUCCAGUCAACAUUCCUGCUGCCCCCUUGGACAAUGUGUCUUUUCACUCAGAAGUUAGUGUGCAAAAGGGGAAGUAUGUGAUUUAGAGAAGAAUUGCCCAUGAAAUAAAGUUGAGCAAAGAUGAUUUUGAAUGUCAUGAGAUCAUGGAUCUGUUAAGGGAUGCUUGACUAAUGAAGACUGUUUCAAACAUUGGACCAUGCUAUGAGAAACUAGUCAAGGAGUUCAUUGUUAACAUGUCCAAUGAAUGUAAUAUUGAGGGUAGCAAAAAACUCAAGAAGGUGUAUGUGAGAGGUUUUUAU